AUGGUAGAUGCAGCGACGAAGAUGAAAUUUAGUUACAUUCCAGUUUCAGUGAAGCCUAAGAAACCAAUAUAUAUCUUCGAUGAUGAUGAUGUUUCGUGUUAUCUAGAAUGGAAUCAAACUGAAUUCAAUGUAAUGCAUGUGGAGUUGGAAAAAGAUGACGAACAAAAUCAUGGUUGUGAGCAAAAUCGAGUUGGUGAAACUGGUGAAGUUGGUGAAAUUGGUAACGUUGGUGAAGUUGGUGCAAGUAAUGCGGAGGAGUUGAUUUCAUGUGCAAGGACUCGUAUUGGUGAUGGUAUCAUGACUCUUUAUGCAGGUGAAACGUUUGAACAUAAUGAGCUGGUUCGAAACGAUGACAAUGUCGCAAGUGAAGAACAAGAAGACGUCAUUGUUAACGAUGAUAUGCUGCAAGUUACAAAGGUACAUUUGGAAUGGGAAGAUGGUGUGAAUCUGACAAUAGGUCAAGAAUUUGGAAGUAAGAAAGCAGUACAAGAUUUAGUUGAAAAAUGUGCACAUAAGAACUGUUUUGAGUUUGUUAUUGUGAAGUCGGAUCCGAAGUUGUACGUGGUAAAAUGCAGUGAAUCAAAAAAGGGUUGCAAGUGGUAUUUACGAGUUGCGAAGCUUCAGAAUUCAGAUUGUUUCUCGCUUAAGACUCCAGUUCCUAAAUAUCUCAUCCCUUUGAUUCAAACAAGAGUUGGUGUUAAAGUGUCAUACUCCACUGCAUGGAGAGGAAAAAAGCAAGCUGCUAGUGAGGUUCGUGGUAGUCUUGAGGAAAGUUACAAGAUGUUGUAUUCUUAUAUGCACAUGUUAGAGGUAGUGAAUCCAGAAACUGUCUCAUGUGUGGAAUUAGACGAAAAGAAUAAUUUUAAGUACUUAUUCUUCGCGCUGGGAGCUUGCGUUGAAGGCUUCAAGGCUAUGAGACAAGUGAUCAUUGUGGAUGGAACCCACCUUAAGACUGCACAAGGUGGAGUGCUUAUUGUUGCUACAGCUCAAGAUCCUAAUCAUCAUCAUUAUCCUAUUGCUUUUGGUGUAGUCGAUGGUGAAAAUUACUUAAGUUGGAGUUGGUUUUUCAAUAAGUUGAAAUCAAGAGUACCAGACGCCCCUGAACUUGUGUUUGUUUCUGAUAGAAAUCAAAGCCUUAUCAAGUCAGUAGCUGAGGUGUAUCCAUUGUCUCAACAUGGUUAUUGUAUAUAUCAUUUGGAUCAAAAUGUGAAAGCAGCAUGCAGUAACGUCAACAAAGACACCGUUGGAAGAAAAUUCAUAGAAUGUGCUAGGUCUUAUACAGAAGGUACGUUCAAAACACUUUAUCAUGAUUUUAGGAUAAGGUAUCCUGCUGCAGCGGUAUAUCUAGAUUCACAUGUUGAAGAAAAAAAAUGGGCUAGAUGUUAUUUCCCAGGAGCAAGAUACAAUAUAGACACCAGCAAUUGUGUUGAAUCUAUUAAUGGUGUUUUCAAAGACGCAAGGCAAUACUCGCUCUUACCAAUGAUCGAUGCUAUUGUUGGGAAAUUGGCUGAAUGGUUUAACGAACAUAGGAAGACUUCUGCAUCAGUACCUCCAUCGCAGAUAAUGGUGCCUCUUCUUGAGAAAAUAUUGCACUAG